AUGGCAAACGCUGCUAGACCCCGGAUUUUUAAUCUUUUGAGUAGGUAACAAAGCUAGAGCAGCUGGCACAAAAAUACAAUGUCAAGAUUAUCUUUUGUCCUCGUUAUCACUGCGAACUCAAUCCGAUAGAGGGUCUUUGGUGUAACCAAAAAAUUUUUGUCAGAAAAACGGAUCAAAAAUUUGAGACAAUGUUAAAACUGAACAACGAGUCACGAGAGCAUUUUGUUGAAACUGACUUGGCCAAGAAGUUAUUCCGUAGAUUUUGGAGAGCAUGCCAAGCUUACAAGGAUAAUAAAUCGUACAGUGAAGUUCUGCAGAUGUUUAUCAGCAAUCUUUGUUGGUGACGUGAAGACCCAUCGAAAAAUCACAAAUUCAAAACUGAAAUGAUGACAGUAAUUGUGCAUGAAUUAGUGUGUGGCCAGAACAGCGCGGUUUUCGUUGUUUAAAGCGAUUUUGUGUUACUUUUAUUUCAGUAAAUAGAUCUCUAGGAGAACGUGUGAAGAGUCUAUGUUUUUCAAAAUAAGUCAAGCGAAAGCUUUCCAGUUUUUGGGCUUAUGGUUUCUGGAGAUCCUAUAGAAAUCCUCUAUAGAUCCCAACAAUAUGAUCAUCGGAUUCUCCGUGUUUUUUCACCUAGAAAUCGAAGUUUUUAUUUUCUUAACUUGAGAUUUCUCUGAGUUAUUCAAGGACGACCUGAAGGAUUGUGUCACUCUUUUUCCGGCAAUAUUCAUUAUAAAAUUAGGUACUUUUGCCGCUGCAUCAAAUUAGGUGCAAAAAUUUUCGAUGAAUCCCAGAGCGGCAAAAGUAGCUAAUUUUCUAAUGUUCCGACUAUUUAAACAAAAUCCUGAGACACCAAGCAUUUAACACUCAUGCAUCUGUUGUAAGUUUAUUUAUUCUCUACUUUGUUCCUGAUUAGAAUCUGAUUUUGUUUCUCUUUUCUAAUGUCAUUUCUUGAAAUUACUUACCUUACAUUUGUCAAUGGACUUGGCAAAAGUAUUAAAGAAAGUUACCUACUCAAACGUCUUGCAAUGAACGUCUUUUUAUUAUCAUACAGCUACAAAGAAUGUGAAAUUCUGAUCAAGACAUAUAACAGAAAAAACGUUUCUGAGAGAACUCAGAAAAGCUGUGGUUGAUGACAUUUUCAAACGGGAAAAUCAUACCCA